AUGGCUCAACUUCAGCUCACAAGCUUAAUCUUUGUUUCAAUUUUUGCAAUCUCAUCCUCAAGCUUCAUCCAGCCGCCUCAUCCCUUUGAUCCCUUGACUGAGACCGAACUCAAACUCAUCCGUAACGUCAUCAAGAAAACGUACCCCAUUGGUCCGAAACAUAGGUUCACUUUCCAGUACGUUGGUCUCAACGAGCCCGAUAAGUCCCUAGUCUUGUCGUGGCAUUCAUCACCGCACCACAGCGCCAAACUACCACCACGUCAGGCAUUCAUCAUUGCCCGAGAGAACGGAAGGACCCGAGAGAUCGUCGUUGACUUUUCUUCUCGAGCCAUUGUCUCGGACAAGAUCCACGUAGGCAAUGGUAACCCUAUGCUCACUACCGACGAGCAGGAAGCAGCCACGUCCCUUGUUCUAAAAUACAAGCCGUUUCGUGAAUCGAUCAGGAAACGCGGCUUGAACAUAUUGGAGGUUGUGGCACGUCCUCAACGAUGGGAUGGUUCGGUAACAGAGUUUAAGGACAGGUUCAUGGCUCCUCUGCCCAAGGCUAACGGAACGGAGUUCUGUAUCUCAGAGCUCAAGCCGCCGUUUGGCCCGGCGCUUCAAAAUGCUGUCGUUUUACAGCCCAAUGGUCCAGGGUUCAAGAUCGAUGGACACAUCGUGAGAUGGGCAAAUUGGGAGUUUCACAUAUCAUUCGACGUUCGAGCCGGUCUUGUCAUCUCUCUCGCAUCCAUUUUCGAUAUGGACAUGAAUAAAUACAGGCAAGUCCUAUACAAAGGCCAUUUGUCGGAAAUGUUUGUACCUUACAUGGAUCCAAGUGCUGAUUGGUACUUCAUCAAUUAUCUUGAUUGUGGUGAGUUUGGCUGUGGCCAAUGCGCCGUGUCACUAGAGCCGUACACCGAUUGUCCCGCAGGUGCCGUUUUCAUGGAUGGUAUCUUCGCAGGUCAAGACGGAACUCAUACAAAAAUAUCAAAUGUUAUGUGCAUUUUUGAAAAAUUUGCUGGAGACAUUAUGUGGCGACAUACCGAAACUGAGGUUCCCGGCUUAGAGAUCACAGAGGUAAGACCAGACGUAAGUCUUGUUGCCCGGAUGGUGACAACCGUUGGGAACUACGACUACAUUGUUGACUACGAGUUCAAACCUAGCGGUUCCAUAAAAGUGGAGGUCGGCUUAACCGGUGUUUUAGAAGUUAAACCGGUGGAAUAUGUUCACACAUCGGAGAUCAAAGAAGACGAUAUCCACGGGACAAUUGUCGCGGACAACACCGUCGGAGUCAACCAUGACCAUUUCAUUACAUUCCGUCUUGAUCUUGACAUCGAUGGUACGGACAAUUCCUUUAUCCGUAACGAACUUGUGACCAAGAGGGCUCCGAAAUCUGCUCACAUACCGAGAAAAAGCUAUUGGACUACGAAGCGAAAGAUUGCGAAAACCGAGGCAGAUGCUCGGGUGAAACUAGGACUGAAAGCGGAGGAGCUGGUGGUGGUUAACCCUAACCGGAGAACGAAGCAUGGCAAUGAGGUUGGAUACCGUUUAUUUCCUGGGCCGUCUUCAGGCCCACUUCUGACCCAAGACGAUUACCCACAGAUUCGGGGAGCAUUCACCAACUAUGACGUGUGGAUCACGCUCUAUAACAAGUCGGAGGUUUGGGCUAGCGGUUUGUACGCCGAUCGUAGCCAAGGCGACGACACGUUAGCCGUAUGGUCCCAAAGGAAUAGGGAAAUAGAGGAGAAAGAUAUAGUGAUGUGGUACACCGUCGGAUUCCACCAUGUCCCAUGCCAAGAAGAUUUUCCGACGAUGCCUACUUUAACCAGUGGCUUUGAACUCCGGCCGGCCAAUUUUUUCGAGCAAAAUCCUGUCCUCGAGACCGAACUCAUCAAACUCACCACCACUCCAAAGUGUACCCCCACGACCAAUUGA